AUGCAGCAUUUGUUGUUCGCGGUGGUACUUUCGGAGGUUGUGGUGAUAAUGGCGCUUUCCUUUAAGACGCCGAUUAGGAAGCUGUUGAUAAUGAGUCUAGAUCGUGCGAAGCGUGGACGUGGACCGGUGGUGAUUCAGACGAUUUCGGCGACGGUUAUUGUGGUUCUGGUGGCGAGUGUGUACAGUAUGAUGAAUAUCCAGAAGCGUUGGAUCGAGGACGGUGCGAUGAACCCGACCGAUGAGGUUAUUAUGGCGAAGCAUCUCCUUGAAUCGACUCUCAUGGGUGGUUUUCUUUUCCUUGGACUGAUGAUAGACAGGCUGCAUCAUUACAUGAGAGAGCUACGCAUAAGAAGGAUGACCAUGGAAGUUAUAAAGAAGGAAGGAGCAGGACUGGAAGCUGUAAAGGCUAAAGCUUUGGAUGAAGUUAAAAACUUGAAAGAAGAAAUAGUGUUGCUUCAGGAAAGGCAAAAGCAGUUAGCCUCUGAGAUUGAGUCAAGGUCUAAAGAAAUUCAUACUGAAAAAACCAGUGCAAUUGCUCUACAAAAACAAUCUGAAGGGUUUCUUAUUGAGUUUAACCGGCUGCUUGAGGAAAAUCAGGAUCUUCGAGACCAGUUGCACACUGUGGAUUCAAGAAUUUCGCGUUCAAGCAUCAAAAAGAAUACUUGA